AAAUGAUGCUCUUUCUACUCUUUGUAGCUUUUCCUAUCAUUCUUAUUUUUCUUCUUCCAAAAGCCAAAAAGUGUGACAAAAACAAUGUACCACCAGGUCCUAAAGGCCUCCCAUUCAUUGGAAAUUUGCAUCAAUUUGAUAGUUUAACCCCUCAUAUCUAUUUUUGGAAACUUUCCAAGAAAUAUGGAAAAAUAUUCUCAUUAAAACUUGGUUCUACUCCAAUAGUUGUAGUUUCUUCAGCAAAAUUAGUAAAAGAAGUGUUGAAAACACAAGAUCUAGUAUUUUGUAGUAGACCUUCUCAUCUUGGCCAACAAAAAUUAUCUUACAAUGGUCGUGACAUAGUCUUUCAACGCUACAACGAUUGUUGGAGAGAAAUGAGAAAAAUAAGUGUUAUUCAUCUAUUUAGUCACAAGAAAGUGAAAUUAUUUAGUCCAAUUCGCGAAGAUGAAGUCUCGAGAAUGAUCAAGAAAAUAUCUCAACAAGCUAGUGUUUCGCAAAUAACUAAUUUGAGCAAUUUAAUGAUUUCACUAAGUACUACAAUUAUUUGUAGAGUUGCUUUUGGUAUUAGAUUUGAUGAAGAAGCACAUGAAAAGAGGAGAUUUGAUGAACUUUUAGAAGAAUCUGCAACAAUGUUGACUAGCUUUUAUGUUUCUGACUUUUUUUCUUAUUUAGGUUGGAUUGAUAAACUCGCUGGAUUGACAAAUAGACUUGAGAAGAAUUUCAAGGAUUUGGAUGAGUUUUAUGAAGAACUCGUUGAGAAGCAUGUUGAUCCCAAUAGGCCAAAAUCCAUGGAAGGGGACAUUCUUGAUCUUUUGCUCCAAUUGAAGAAAGAUAAAUUAACACCAAUUGAUCUCACUUUGGAGGACAUAAAAGCAAUUGUCAUGAAUGUGUUACUUGCAGGAUCAGACACUAGUGCCGCUGCAGUAAUAUGGACAAUGACAGCCUUGAUGAAGAAUCCAAAAGCUAUGAAAAAAGUUCAAGAAGAAAUGAGAAAAUCAUUCAAAAAGAAACGCGAUAUAUUGAAUGAAGACGAUAUCCAAAAUCUUCCCUAUUUCAAAGCAGUGAUAAAAGAGUCAUUUAGAUUGUAUCCAUCAGUUCCACUCCUACUGCCAAGAGAAUCAAUGGAAAAAUCCAUACUAGAAGGGUAUGAAAUUCAACCAGGAACUAUAAUUCAUGUUAAUGCAUGGGCUAUUGCACGAGAUCCUGAAAUAUGGGAAAAUCCAGAAGAAUUUAUACCCGAGAGAUUCUUGAAUAGUGACAUCGAUUUCAAGGGACAAGACUUUGAGUUAAUUCCAUUUGGAGCAGGAAGAAGAGGAUGUCCGGGGAUUGCACUUGGAGUUGCAUCAAUGGAACUUGCAUUAUCAAAUCUUCUUUACGCGUUUGAUUGGGAGUUACCUUGUGGGAUGAAAAAAGAGGAUAUUGACACAAAUGUUAAGCCUGGAAUUACCAUGCAUAAGAAAAAUGACCUUUGCCUUAUUCCUAAGAAUUAUCUAUAGAUUCAUGUAGACUAU